AUGGCAUCGGACGGUGUGGGCUGCGACUUCGGCAACAACUGGAACUCGCUGCACUACGGAAAGAACAAGGUUUCGCUCGUCCGAUUGGAGCUUCGGUCCCAUCGUGAUUCAUUCAUUGCCGCUUCGGCGAUCACGGAGAGUUGCAGCAACGAUUACCAGGCAGACAAUAAGUGCUUUGGGCCGGUUCGACGCGAUGAGCAGUAUAGCACGUGGGUCUCGAUCCACAUUUCGUUUGCAGUGUUGAUUACACUCAUUUUGAUCCAAGUGCUCAUCCGUGUGAAGGCCAAGUGUGAUUUUAAAAGAGCAGUCAGACAAUCCUAUUCGAAUCCGGAGGAGCGUUUAGUGGAUACGAAGGUUUAA